AUGUAUGACCCGGAAGUAAAUCUUUUACGAUUCCAUGUCAUUCCAUGUGGGCAAGGUUUACAACGUAUCACUGAUAUUGAAAUACUAAUGGUAUACCUAUAUAAGGCAGUUCAUGCCUAUAAGGCAACCGAUGAUGGAGAGUUGACCAUUAAGGUCAACGAUAUAAUUGAAGUUGAAGGAUUGCCAUGGCAGUUUCAAGGCAACCCAAAAGAGCCUCGUGGAUGGAUUUUAGGAAAAUUUAAUGAUGUGGAGGGCUCUUUCAAGGAGAUGAAGAUGAGAACGUCCUCUAUGAGAGUGCAAGUGAGCAUGUUAUCACUCAAUGGUAGAAAUUUAGUUGUUUCAAGAAAAGUUGAAACAGGAUUUUGUGUUGUUGUAUCUGUGCUGAUUACAGCAACUGCAGAUGAACUCUUAAAAUUGGCUGUUGCUGAACAAUUAGAACAAAAUAGAUUAUUGUCAACAGAAGCCAAAUAUGUAUUGCUAUACAAGGAUCGAAGUCUUGUAAAAUAUAUUCCGGGGUCAACUGAAACAUUCAUGCUAAAAAAAUACAAGAUUAAAAUGAAGCAACCGUAUACCAAGUUGUGUUUUUAUUUAUGUCUCGAAACUGCAUAUGCAGAGUACAACCAAAUGAGCACUGAUAAAGAUUAUCACUAUGUUGACACAGAUGAUAAUAGUGAUACUGUUGAUGAACAUUGAACAAUGCCAUCAUGAUAUUAAAGGAGAAGAAAUAGAAAAUGAACAUGAGAAUGAAAUUGAAACUAUAGAAGAUGGUAACCCAGAUAUAGAUACUGAAGUGGCUUUUGGAAACAAUCCAAA